AGCGAAACAACCGUGCGAAUUGUGCUUUCCUCUAGUGGUGCAGCGUAACACUGUUGUACCACAAUUAGCUAAAGCAAAAUUCAUAUUUUCUUCUAGCAUAAUAUUUUUAUUCAGCUACAGUUGACGAAAAAAGCGAGCAAAUAUAAAUAUCACUUGCGAGUGUUAACAACAGAAGAGUCGCACGACGCCAGCGUCGUUGACGGCGACGUUCACAAACGAACUGUUACAGUCACCAGCAAAGCAGCGCUAAAUAAAACAACAACAAUAAAAUAAUAAAAACUGCGAGUAAUAUAAUAAAAAUUCAACUGAAAUUCAAUUGACGUACGUUGUUAUUGUUGGUUGGAGGCAGUGAUGGAGCUGUUAGGCAAGCAACAACUCUAACAACGACAACAGCAGCGACGACUGACGACUGAGUCAACUGUAACGACAACGACGACAGCAACGUUGCGACUAGCUGCUAUACGAAACUAAAACCAACAGUAACAACCAAAGCAAUAACAAUAGCAACAGUGGCAGCGGUGCUACUGCCUAUACCAGUAGUGUCGGUGGCGUCGGCGUUGGCGUUGACGGUGGCAGCGUACAUAAACGCAGCAGCGGCAUAGCUGUGACUGUGGCGACAACGUUCUUUGUAACAAGCUCGUGGAUUUGUUGUUUUUGUUGAAAACAUUUAUCGAUCACGCGUCGAACGAAACGGAGCACUCGCUCGGCUAACACAUUUGUAUAAUGUAAUAUGGUUGUAUAAAACAAACAUUAAAAAAAAAGAAAAUUAAAUAUUCAUUGUCAAAAGGCAAAACGGAAACUUUGCGGUCGUGUAGAACAAAACGGAAAAUCGAAAUAUAGCAAAAUACCACAAAAACAAAACGGUGCAAAACGCUAACACACCACAUUCGACAGGCGGAAAAUGAGAUAUUAAAGUGCAUAUAGCGAGAGGAGGCAGCGUGAGACAAAAGGAAAUAUACAAAUUAAUGCAUUUGGCAAAUUUCUAAUGUGAUGCCAUUUAUGUAUGUAUGCAUGUAAAUGCAAUGCAUUUUGAUGAAUGUUAACCAACUAGCACACCUGCAAACCAAAACAACACACGUCCACAACACAGCACUGAAACAAAAAACAAUAAGAAUUAGCGCUGGUAUAACAACUUGAUUCACAACAACAAUAACAUUUUCGUCGCAUUACGCAUUUAAACUUGAAUUAAAAUUUCUAUUGCAAACGGUUAACACGUUGCAAGUACAAAACUCGAGCAAUUGAAGAGCAAGGUUGAAAGGAAGACAGUAUAUUUUAUUGUAACAAAGAGAAAAAAUGCCAACACGUUGAAUGCACGAAAGCCUAAGGUAAGGGGGUUAACGGUUCUAUGCAUUUUCAUUUGCUGUCAAUGCAAAUUGAAAGCGAAAAAGACAAAAAAUAGCAGAAUAUUAAAAAAAAAAAUUAAAAAAAUAAUAUAUGCAUAAAAAUACAACAAAGUCGAAAGUGCAGAUACGCCCCAGCGUUUAAGUAUUUCAAUAAUAACAAAAACAAUAACAAAGCGCAUACUAUAAACACAAGUUGCAGCGCGCAAGCAGCUGAGCAGAGUCAAAAGCGUAGAUAAAUGAAAAAUAAAUACUCAAAAAGUUACAUAUAAUCAUAUAGAAGAAGACCACAUAGCAGCAAACAAUAAAUGACAGCUGGUGCUGCACAUUGGCGAGCAAAGAAUAGGGAAAAAAUACAGGAAAAGCGCUUUUGAGGAAAAGCGGCUAAGUGUAACAAAGAAAAUGCUCAUGAACACAUACAUAUAUACUUGCAUAUAUGCAUAUAAACAAAAACGUGUAGAAAAUAAACUAUAGAUUAUAGGCUUUAAAAAGCUUGGAGAAUAUAUUUAUUCAAAUAAAAGCAAUAUUAAAAUUUACUACGCAGCAAAAAGCACUGAUCUCAAUUAAAACAAAAAAUCAAAAAUAAAAGAAAUUAUAGGUGAAACGUUAAUUAUACAAAGUAGCAAGUAAAAACAAAUUUUUUGAAAAUAAUUCAUUACAAAUUUUUAGCCAUAAAAGUGACACUCUCAUUAAAAACGCGCGCGUUUUUCUUUAGCUUUGCUUUGCUAACUUAUAUACUUACAAAACAUGUGUUUAUAUAUAUUUAAAAAUAGAGAAUAAUAAAAAUAAAAAAUUGAGUAGUUUAGUGUUACCUGAAUUGUUGAAAAUUCUGCUUCUCCGGUAGCAUAUACAGUGUAAAUUUGUUAAAUACAAAUAAAAAGAAACUUGCUCAAGUGCAUUGCAUAGUUACUGCAGCGCAUAACAAAAAAAAAGCAUACGAACCUAUAGCCAAAGCGUAUAAAACAAAAACAUCAUUGAAAUAAAACGAAACAUACACACGAAAAAGUGUCAUUCCAUUCGAUAACGUCAACAAAACAAAGUGUAAAAGAAUAUCAAGAAAUUAUCAAAUAAAUAACUUCAAUAGCAAGCAAAAAUUCAUAGCCAAACGUGCUCUCGCACUCACGCCGCGUGCUAGCAGCGCAACCAAGAGCAGAGCGCACAUUCUAUAACGAAACUGUCAUACGUUCGGUGCUCGUAUUACGCUCACCGCUCAGCCACCCUUGAAGGCGAAUAACGACGAUUACUAUUGCCACUGAGACUACUCAUCAUCAUCAAGAGCACACGGCAGUUGUACCGCGCGUUUUUGUCGUUGCUGUUGCUGUUGUGGUCGAAGUCGUCUUCGCCAACGUUAUCGACGGAGAGCAGAGAGCAUAGUGUUGUUGUAGCGGCCCACCACCCAUCAAACGUCCGACAAGCCGACAAGCUAACCAGCCAGACAAGUAACUAACAGCGCGAGCGAACAAACGUGCAGAGUUAAUGUGUGACAGCGAGUCAGCCAACCGCCAGCAGUCAGCAGUUAGCACAGCAGUCUGCGAAGAUAAAGCUUAAACAGUGCCGAAAUCCAAAAGGAAGAAAUUCUUAAAUUAAUAUUGAACUUUGCUGAACCGCGACAAUUGACCAUCAAUAAUCGCGGUGGUCGCAAGUUCUCGAGCGCACUUACAAGAAUUAUAAUAAAAUGAUAUAAAAAAAUUAAAUAAGAAGUUAAAAAAUAUAAAAUAAAACAACACGCACAUCAAAAACAGAAACAACAAAAAUAUUCGCCUAUAAUCGUACGUGGUAGAGAAAAAAAGUGAAAGUCAAAGUAGAAGGAAAAAAGGGACGAAAAAACGUGUAGGGUAGUUGAAAAAAUAAAGGCAGCAAACCAAAAAUUAUUUUGCUCGUGAUGUAGUUGUGAAGAACGGCAAGCAGAAAGCAAGCAAGCGAACAAAAUAAAUAACUUCUGAAGUGCAACCACGGCUACGAAGUGUAAUAAAAUACUUAAAAGUGACUAUAAAAACAUAAAAGAAAAAAGCAUAAGUGAAGUUAUUGUGUUGAAGCAAAAAAUACUUGGAACACCUAACAACUACCUAGCUUCGUUAGAAUACGCCACUUAACCUCUAACUCUAUAGCAAUAAGAAAAAAAUAGUAUUAAAAAUAAAAAAAUAAAAAUAUGGGUGAUACAAAUGCGCUGGGUUCCGGUACGCGUCUACGUAAAUUCGAUCGUACAGACAGUGAAGUUGCAUGUGAAGAAGCCGCGCGCCUUACCGCCGACCUGCAGGAAGGCACCGUCAGUCCAGACGAUGAGGAUGAUCUCAGCGAAUACGGCGAGCUGCCACCACCGCCAGACGGCGGUUACGGUUGGGUCAUCUGUUUUGCGUCGUUUAUGUGCAACAUGAUUGUGGACGGUAUCGCGUACACGUUCGGUAUAUUCCUUGGUGAAUUCGUCGAUUACUUUGGUGAAGGCAAAGGCAAGGUGGCCUGGGUAGGCAGUUUACUGAGUGGUGUUUAUCUGAGCGCUGGUCCAAUUGUGUCCGCGUUAGCGAAUAAAUAUGGUUGCCGUGCAGUAUGCAUUGCGGGUAGCGUUGUGGGUUGUAUAGCAUUCGUACUGAGCACGAUGAGCACGUCCAUUAAUAUGCUGAUGCUAACAUAUGGUGUGAUCGGAGGUUUCGGCUUCGGUAUGAUUUACUUGCCUGCAGUUGUGGCUGUCGGUUAUUAUUUUGAAACCAAACGUUCACUGGCCACCGGUAUUGCGGUAUGUGGCUCUGGAUUCGGCACGUUCGCCUUCGCGCCAUUAGCGACGUAUUUGUUGCAGUUGUAUGGCUGGAAGAAUGCACUACUCAUCUUCGCGGGUCUCAUUUUGAAUUGUGCCAUAUUUGGCGCUAUGAUGCGUCCACUCACCUACCCCAAAAAGAAGAAGGUUAAACCGCUCAUGCAGCGUAUGUACGAGGAGAAGCAAUUGCAAUUGGAACGUGGUUCAAUUGCUGGUUCACAUUUUAUGGUACAGCUGCCGGACGGCACCAUGGAGCGUAAGCUGAAAAUGCCACUCAAUGCCGAUCCCGGUGUACACUCUAGUCUGAAUUUGGAAUUGCUCGCCCAACAGGGUUCAUUACAUCCCGUCUCAACACUACCAACUAUCACCGAAGCAAAAGUGGUCGAAUAUCAAACUGGCGCACAAAGUCCACCAACUGUCGAUAGCAAUGGACAAUUGGAUGUGAAGCGUAGCGGCAGGCGUUCACAUCGUAAUUCGGAAACCGAGACCAGCCCUUACAACUCGGUGGAUGCAAUGACACGCAAUGCCUCACAGCCCGCCUUUAUGGCAGACCAUCAAAGUCUUCCAAAGAAUGGUUCGGUGCCUUCUUUCAAUCGUGUACGCAAGACAUCAGCCAGCGAACGUUUCCAGCCAUCCUUAGCCGCCAUACGUGCAUCAUCGCGCGGCGACCUCGACAGCAAUGGUGUUGAAAUGGGAUUUAACUCAUCGAAAAUAUCGCUCUCACAGAGUCAGUCCAGUGGCAAAAUGGUGCGUCCAAUGUCACGUAAAGAUAUCUUCUACUCCGGAUCUGUGACAAAUCUGCCACAAUACCAAUCGCAAAAAUCACUCACGAAUUACCGCAACUCCGUGCUAUCGUUAACCAAAUAUGAAAAGAGCAUGCAAAGUGUACGUGUACAUGAUCCGUUGGCUGAAGCUGAAAAAGGACGUGGACAAUACGAUCUUUGUCCCUGUCUCACCAUACCAGACUCCAUUAAAUCCGUUUUCAAUACAAUGUUGGACGUCAGCUUAUUGAAGGAUCCAGUUUUUAUGCUUAUCGGCGUCUCCAAUAUAUUCGGUAUGGCCGGUUUGUACGUGCCAUUUGUGUAUCUAGUGGAUGCGGCUAAAAAAGAUGGCAUCGAAGAUAGUUCAGCAUCAUUUCUACUCUCAAUUAUCGGCAUAACAAACACCUUUGGCAGGGUAAUUUGCGGUUAUGUGGCCGAUUUUCCCAAAGUCGACUCACUGUUUCUCAACAACAUUUGCCUACUCAUUUCCACGGUGGCCGUUACAUUAACACCACUUUGCUCUUCCUACGGUGCCUACGUGACCAUGUCCAUAUUCUUCGGUAUCGCCAUUUCCGGUUACAUUUCACUCACGUCAAUUAUACUCGUAGAUUUAUUGGGACUGGACAAGCUCACCAAUGCCUUCGGCUUGCUUAUUUUAUUCAGAGGUUUUGCCGCCAUCAUUGGAUCGCCACUAGCCGGCGCUGUUUACGAUGCAACCCAAAGCUACGAUCUGCCAUUCUAUAUGGCGGGCGGUUUAUUUGCGCUAUCCACGAUCACCAGCUUUAUGGCGCCAUGCCUAAAACGUUGCACCACCUCCGAUGAAACACCAAUGCAGAUUGAUACGCUCACACCAAUCGAUGAGGAGCAAGGUGAAGAGGCGGAAGAUGAAGAAGACCAGCCCAUAACGAUUGUACCGAAAAUUGUGAAAACUCUACCCAGUCCACAACAUGAGGAGACGGACAGAGGAUUUCCAAGUGAAACAAAUAAAAGUGGCGCCGAAUCCAAGUUAUAAAGUGGUAAAUAAUACAAACAAACGCUAGAGGAGUGUUAGAAUAUUUUGUUGAAAUUUUUUUUGCGGUAAUAGGUUAGAUGAAAAUGCCAUAUAAAGUGAAGAAUGAAAGUGUUACAAGAGGUAACACACAACACACACUAUUGCGAAUGUGUGUGCGCUGUCAAGACUACAAAAAACCAGAGCGAUAUUUUUUUUAUUAACUAACCAUUAUUAAGCUUAAAAAGUGAAAAAUCAAUUAUAACAGUAAUAAAAAAAAACAACAAAUAAACGCAGAACUUAUUCAAUAUUUAAGCUAAUUUUAAAUGCAUACACAAACACACACAUACACAAUACACGCAAACACACAAAUUUAAAAGUCUAGCUUUCUAGCUAAUUAAUAAUUUAUAUUAUUAUAUAGUACUAAUUGAAAUAGCUAAACGAAACAAUAAGCUCGCAAUAUAGCUAAAGGGUUGGCUUAUAAGUAAACACCUAUAAUUCGAAGCCCAAACGCGUAUAGAGUUCGUAAUCUAAGCAAAAUGUACCAAAAAAGUCGAACCAAAACAACAAGCAAACAAAAAAUUAUUAUGUAUUGUAGAUAUGUACUGGAAUGUACGCAAGAUUUUAAUGUGAAUGCAAAACGAAAAAUGUUAAACAAUUAUUAUUUGUUGUUAUUAAGGAAAAUGCUGCAUUAUUAUAUGCAUAUUUAAAUGUGAAUUUGUAAGGCAAAUCAUGCAAUUUGUAAAGUGUGAGAGAGAUUAGAAACGCGAGUAUUGUAGGAAAUUCAAGCGACUCGCAAAAAAUCCUUUUUAAUCGGUAAUGUACUUGAAACUUAUGUGUAUAGUGAUAGGCAUACUAAAUAUGUAAAAUAUGUAGAAAACGAGAGUGAAUGCGAUUGUGAAGCGAAAAUAUAGUAUUGUUUACAAAUCAACUCAAAACUCUAUAUUUAUACGUUAAUGUGUAAAUAUUUUCGAUUCAAUGAAACAAUAAAACAAAACACUGUUAACUCGUUACAAACGAUUUUUGAUGUGUUGUAUAUUAAUAUGUACAAUAAUUACAUAUGUCUAUAUAAUCAGUUAGUUACUAAUGCUCUUAGGCAUAGACACAAAUAUAUAAAUUUUUUUCUUUUUAGAAUUUCACAUAACGCGCCUUCUUUUCAGCUAUAUUUUGAUAUACAUUGUAAAGUGCUCAAAUCGAAAAUCGUUUCACGUAUGUGAAAGAGGAAUUUUUUAAGCGUACAAUGCAACCUGAGCGGAAGGGUAUUCACCUCAGUGCGAAUUGUCAACUAAUUAUUACGUAUACAUAUUUUUUAUUUAAGUAGUUUUAAUUGCGGUAUGCAAUUGAAAAAAAGGAAUUAAGAAAUAGAAUAAACGAAAUAUAUAUACAUAUACAUAGUAUGUAUGCAAAAAGCAACAAUGUGAAGCAACAGAAUCAAUAAGCACAGCGUUUAAGCUGGCACCAACUUCUAGGCAUGCCUAUAUAUACACAAAGUACUAAUUAUAAUAAAGCAUAAUAAAUACAUUUGUAUAAUUAAUUAAUUAAGUAUAUAAAAGCUAGAAAAGCAUGUUGAAAUUGGAAAAUGUACAAAGCACACAGUAAUGAUAAAAACAAAAAUGUGAAAAAUUCGACCUAUAAGAAAUUGUUAUUACUAGUAUUAUUUAGAAAAAGGAAAAUAAACGAAAAAUUCAUAAAGAAAACUA